CCACAUGCCUGACACACUGCGACGGCUCCGACACCGAGGCCGAGGUGUCGCUCAUCAUGAGCUCCGUGAAGUCCUUCUCUAACUCCUCAGCCUGUGGCAGGCUGGAAGUGCACCUAGUUGGAGGUUUCAAUGAUGAUAGGCAGUUAUCACAAAAACUUACUAAUCAGCUUCUUAGUAAGUUCACGAGACAGCCAGAGGAUGUUCAUUUAGUGACUUUCUGUGUAACAGAACUAAAUGAUAGAGAAGAACAGGAUAUUCACUUUCCAAUCAUUUAUGGAAUAGCUGUGAAUGUUAAAACAGCUGAGAUUUUCCCUGCAACAUUCCCAGAAAAAGGGCCGGAUGAGGAUCUGCGUUCAGCCCAUGUUUUAACAGGAGCACCACUGACCAACAUCUACGAUGCAAAGACAGAACAACUCCGGAUUGGGCCUUAUUUCUGGGGGCCUUUCCCACACGUGGAUUUCUGGUUGGAACAAGAUGAUGCACAGAUUUUACAGAACCUUUCCACAUCGCCCCUGGCUGAGCCCCCCCACUUUGUUUCCCACAUUAGAUCUACAUUAACAUUUCUAAAAGAACAUCCAUUUCCAUCUCAGUCCCUGUUCCCUGACAGGAAACCUCGCGUCUACAAAAAAAAUGAAGAAGGGUUGUGGGAACAGGUUUGUUCUGACAAAAUCUAACCUGGAACCCACCCCCACAACUGCUUUAGGGAAACAAUCUUGCAAGAAGAGAAAUUUGUUGCAAAUGGCAUAUUGCUGGUCACAAAUACCAUUGUUCCUGUGCUUUUCAAAAUAAAAUAUUUUGAUAGAAGUAACUUGCUUUUUCUGCAUUACUUAUGUAGAAAUCAGGGUAUCUUUGAUGUAAGAAUUUGGCUUUGUUUAGGUUCUGUUGCUCCAGUGCAGUAAUUUGAUGGGUACAGGUAGAGAGGUGGCAAUGCUGGAGUCACUGGUGAGUCAAAGGUGAGUCACUGCACAAAUGAUUUUGCACAUACAGGAAAAGAAAGAGCUUGCUGGAAUAGGGAAGUGGCCUUUAACAAUAACUUAAUUCCAGAGUAAUAAUUUGAAGAAUCUUUAUUGAAACAUUCAGGUAAGUAUUUAAAGAAUGAAGCUCAUUCCAACAAAACUACCGAUUUAACAUUUCCAAAUAUAAAAACAUUAAAAAUUAAUCUUUGUGGGCAUAACUUUUAUCCCCAACAAAUUACUGUUAUUAACAUAUUUCAUUGCACUAAAGAAACCAAGGAGGAAGACUAGUCAACUUAAUUGCUUUUGCACUUUAGAAAAAAUUGCACUGAUUUACAUAAAUUACCCAAGCAAAAUUAACUUGUUCAUGACAUCCCAGCACUGCAGGCUUCAGAAGGUGAGAGUCAAAUCAGGUGCCAGUACAAUUCAAAACCCUCAAAUUUUGCAGAUUAUCAAAGUAAGUCCCACUACCACUACUGUCAUCAUGGUAUUAAGGGAUACCUGUGCGUGGGGGGAAAAGGGAAGGAGGAAAAAACCCAAAUGGAGCAAAUUGCAGUACUUGUAUCCAGUUCUAGAGGGAGGGGAGGGUUUGUAUCACUAUCAGGUUACUUGGGGAAAGCAAGUGUUGCCAAAGAUGGCUUUUUCACAAGAGGCUCUGAAAAUUUGCAGUGAAGUGAGUAAGAGGAUUUGGGGGAAAACACUUUUACACAUUGGAUUUUGAUUUAUUCAAAGCUUUGCUUGUGCAUUAAAUAGUCCCAGACACUCUGAAGUUGUGCUGUAUGUAAAUAACCUAAAUAAUUUCUCUUGAGUCUGUACAAUUCCUAUCAUAGGUAAGUUACUGUUAUUCAAAAAAUAAGUGUUGAAACCAUCACAAAUGUAUUGGUUUUUCUAGCUUUACUACAGCUAUCUUUAGAAAUACACAACAGAAAGAACUCCAGUUACGCUGCAUGAACAUGUUCAGGAUUUGGUGUGUAAAUGCCAUGCAAAGGAAAGUAACGGUGCCUUGUGCUCCUUCCCAGGACAGGAGUAGGAAGCUGGCCAGGCAUGCAGAGGCACUAUUGCUUUCUAGAAGGCUGAAAAUUCACUAACUCAGUCCUACCAUACCCAGGCUGUGGCUGGGGGCUGAAAUGGUACAAGAGCAGGAAGAGGGGGU